AUGAUAUCGAUAAGGGCUUUAGGAGCUGCUAGCUUUCUGUUGGGAAUGAUAAGAAAUGCAGCAGCAAUCAACUUUUUUGGCAAUAAUAAUAACAAGAAAAGCAGCCUUGAGCCUUCGGAACUCAAUGAAAAACUAAUGUCAGGAGGGCGUCUUUUCCGUGUGUGCCUGACCGGAGGCCCGUGCGGAGGAAAAACGACACUUCAGAUCUCGGUAGCAGACAUGUUUGAAAACAUGGGAUGGCAUGUGUUUCGAUCUCCAGAAGUAGCCACUAUUCUCUUAGGAGGAGGAGUUGAGUUUGGAAGACUAAAACCUUAUCAACAGAAGGUGUUUCAGGUGGAUAUAUUGAAAGUGAUACUUCAAAUCGAAGACGCUUACAAUA